UUCCUGGCUACGGCGGCCGGGGAGGGUCGGGCUGGUCACCUUCCUGCGGCCGCAGCCAUGGCGGCCGAGCCGCCGCCGCCGCCGCUGCAGCCCAUGGCGCUGCCGGUGUUCCGGGAGGAGGGCUUCGGCGACAAGUUCCUGCGCAAGACCCGCGAGAACCCCCUGGUGCCCCUCGGCUGCCUCUGCACCGUCGGCAUCCUGACCUACGGGCUGAUCAACUUCAAGAGGGGCGACACCCGCAAGUCGCAGCUGAUGAUGCGGGCGCGUAUCCUGGCGCAGGGCUUAACCUUCGCGGCCCUGCUGGGGGGCAUGGCAGCCACAGCCAUGAAGUCCAGAAAGUGAAGUCAGGCGAGAGGGGAGCUGCGGGUGAGCCCCCGCCAGCCCGUGCCCAGCUGGAUGGAGUUUGUGAGAGACAGUUGUGGUGUCCCGGCGGAGCCGGCGCCGGAGAGGCUCUGUGUUCCCGAGCACUGGAAAGCGGCUAAUACAGCUCUGUGAAUAACCUGA